GUUAAAUUGGUUGAUUGAUUCAAACAAACAAAACAACCCUACAACCUAACAAUGGCAUUCUUUAUUGCAGCUCUUUGCACCUUAGCACUUAGUGCAAUGGCAUCAUCUGGUAUCGCACCUGGAUAUGGAUUAGGUUAUGGAGCUGCUGGUUUAGGAUACGGAGCUGCUGGUUUAGGAUAUGGUGCAGCAGGCUUGGGCUAUGCUGGCGCUGGAUAUGCUGGCUUAGGAUAUGCAGGAGCGGCUGGUCAUGGAUUAGAUUAUUAUGCAUAUCCAAAAUACUCCUACAAUUAUGGAGUUAAAGACGCCCAUACUGGUGAUGUAAAAUCUCAAUCAGAAGUACGUGAUGGUGAUGUAGUCAAAGGACAAUACUCCUUGGUUGAACCAGACGGUUCAGUACGCGUGGUAGACUACACAGCUGAUGAUCACAACGGUUUCAAUGCAGUAGUAAAGAAAGUUGGACCAACAGUUCACCAUGCACCAGUCCCAUUGGCCCAUGGCUAUGGUUUAGGUGCCGGAAUAGGCCAUGGUUAUGGCGCUUAUGGUGCUUAUGGAAUAAUUGAAGACAUGGGCAUUCAAUUAAAUAUUAGUUAUUUGACUACAAUACAAGAAUCAACCCUAAACAUAACAAUGGCAUUCUUUAUUGCUGCUCUCUGUACCUUAGCACUAAGUGCAAUCGCUUCAGCUGGUAUUGCACCUGGAUAUGGAUUAGGUUAUGGAGCUGCUGGAUUGGGAUAUGGUGCAGCAGGUUUGGGCUAUGCUGGUGCUGGAUAUGCUGGUUUAGGAUACGCAGGAGCUGCUGGUCAUGGUUUAGAUUAUUACGCAUAUCCAAAAUAUUCUUACAAUUAUGGAGUUAAAGACGCCCAUACUGGUGAUGUAAAAUCUCAAUCAGAAGUACGUGAUGGUGAUGUAGUCAAAGGACAAUACUCUUUGGUUGAACCAGACGGUUCAGUACGUGUUGUAGACUACACAGCUGAUGACCACAAUGGUUUCAACGCAGUAGUAAAGAAAGUUGGACCAACAGUACACCAUGCACCAGCCCCAUUGGCUCAUGGUUAUGGCUUAGUUGCUGGUUUAGGCCAUGGAUAUGGAGCUUAUGGCCAUGGUUUACGUCAUGGAUAUGGAGCUUAUGGUGCUUACUAGGUCAACAAACUUAUUAGUAACGAUGGAUCUCAAUAUUUCAACGGAAAUGCAGUCAUGUAGUUGUUUAAAUUAUCACAAAUUUACGAUUACAUUGGCGGUUUUAAUCGGAAUAUGGCUAUGAUUUUGUUAUUUAUUUUCUAUAAAAAAUUUUAUUUUGUAUUCCCUUUAAAAAAUUUAAGUUGUUGCUUUCUUUUAAAAAUGCUGUAGUUUUAGAAGAAGUUUUACAAUGGUUUAUCCAAUUUUUAUGUGUAAAUAAAUAUUUAUGAGUGUGAA